CCUGCCUGAGAUGCUCAGAGACAGAGACCAUGAGCCUUGAAAAGCACUAUAUUGUUUUGUGAUGUCACCUCUGGAAUGUUCUGAGUGUUUUGGUGACCAACUUCUGCAUAGGACCUAUACCUGGCACCUAACAUUGCACUCAAGGCCACAUUUUACAAGAAAAAGAGAUACCAGAUCUGAAAGCCUAGAAAUUCCAAUCAAUGUGGUUCUACCUCAGAGGGGCACGGCCGAGCCCUUCCUGAGGCUCCACAGCUUGUACUCCAGCCCGCGCUGCCCCAGGCAGGCCGCCCUGCCCAGGCCGGGCCGCCGGGUGGUCAGCCAGCACUCCUACCCGCUCAACCGCUUCUCCUCGGUGCCCCUGGACCCCAUGGAGCGCCCCACCUCCCAGGCGGACCUCGAGCUGGACUACAACCCUCCCCGCGUGCAGCUCAGCGACGAGAUGUUCGUGUUCCAGGACGGGCGGUGGGUGAACGAGAACUGCCGCCUGCAGUCGCCCUACUUCUCCCCCUCGUCGUCCUUCCACCACAAGCUGCACCACAAGCGGCUGGCCAAGGAGUACCUGCUGCAGGACGAGAACAAGUGCCUGCGGGAGGAGAACCGCGCGCUGCGCGAGGAGAACAAGACCCUCCGCAAGGAGAACAAGAUCCUGCAGGUCUUCUGGGAGGAGCGGAAGCUCUCGCCGGGCCGCGAGGACAGCCGGGCCGCGUCGCCGCUGCUGCGCAAGGACAGCGCGGCCCAGGAGGCGGCCAAGAAGGAGCCGGCGCUGCAGGGGCGCCGCAGCAAGGAGAACAGCGCCCUGCGGCUCCUCCGCGAGGAGAACCGCGCCCUGCAGCAGCUGCUGGAGCAGCGGAAGGCCUACUGGGCCCCGGCCGAGGAGAAGACCGGCCCCGCGGAGGAGAGCAACCCGGCCCCCUCGCCCCUCGAGGAGCCGCACGGCCCCGGGCUGCUGCCGGACGCGGGCGCGGGCCUCUCCCCCUUCGAGGAGCCCAAGGGGCCGGCGAGCCCGCAGGACGACGCCAAGACGCUGCGCGCCCUGCGCGAGAUGGUCAGCAACCUGGCGGGCUCCUCCCGGGAGGAGGAGAGCAAGGCGGCCGCGGGCCUGGCGGACGGCAGCCAGCCCCUGGAGCUGCUGCGGGAGAUGAACCAGGCGCUGCAGGCCCUGCGGGUGGAGAACCAGAGCCUGCAGGUCCUGCGCGAGGAGAACCGGCUCCUGCAGGAGGAGAACCGCGCCCUGCACGUGCUGCGCGAGGAGCACCGGCUGUUCCAGGAGGAGAACAAGGCGCUGUGGGAGAACAACAAGCUGAAGCUGCAGCAGAAGCUGGUCAUCGACACGGUGACCGAGGUCACCGCCCGCAUGGAGAUGCUCAUCGAGGAGCUGUACGCCUUCAUGCCGGGCAAGAACAAGGACCCCAAGAAGCCCCCCAGGGUCUGAGGCCGCCAAGGCGCGCAGGGGCACCGAGCUGGGGGCACAGCGUAUUCGGCAGAAGAAAACCUCCUGCCUUUAGUUUCCUCGCCUGCCUUCACCCACUAGCUCGUGCCUGUUGAGCAGAACGAUCGGCCUUCCUAAACUCAGAGCAGUAAUAAAGGCGAGAGGAGGCUGGGUCCAGUUAA